UGCACUCACCAAAGUCCCUGGGUCCCUCUUCCUGGGCCUCCUGGGUGAAAAUCCAGGGUGGGUUGGUGGCGUAGAGGGACGUGGUGGCAGGGUUGGCAUGCUUCUUCCCAAAGAGUUUGCUGAAGGUGCCCUGCAUCGUCUGGUUCUUUUUCAUGCUGCCGCAGGCCGCUCUGUCCCCGAGGGAAGGACCUUCCCUCCCUCGCCCCGUCCUGCCCCUGACUGAACUCCGCAGCGUCUCCCCAGGGGACACUACCAGGCCAUGGCCCCCAGCCGCGCUCCCCGCCCGCGCACCCCGCGACAGGUGGUGCGGGCGCCGCCGCCGCUCGCCUGGAAAUGCGAGCUACCUGGACAGUGACAUUUCUGAGAAGUCCCCUUCAGCUUCAAGAGACAAGAAGAGCCAUGCCUUCAGGGCUUGCCACUGUGCGGACAUUGUUUUCCAGGACUCACAAAAAUUCUCAAUCCCCAGCCAUGGGCGAAAGAUGCCACCAGGCAAAAAGGUGAAGGCGCCAUCACCGCCCUUGUCACAGACGUGGAAACAAAACCGGGAGCAAUCUCUGGCGGCAGCCUUCGUACCUGUAGUGGUGGAUCCUCGGGGGCAGAACCCAGAUAAAAGCAGGUUCAAUUUCUACACCUCCCAGUAUUCCAACUCUCUGAACCCCUUCUACACCUUGCAGAAGCCCACCUGUGGCUACCUGUACCGCAGGGAGACUGACCACACCCGCAAACGUUUUGACGUUCCUCCAGCAAAUCUGAUCUUGUGGCACACCUAGGUCCAUGACAUCUGAAGUCCCCACCCUGCACCUUCAUCCCCGUGCUCCUGGGUCCCAGAGGGAAGGCCAUUCGUUUCUGGAAGAGCAGUGCUUACCUGGGCUAGCCAGGUAACACCACCGUUGACAGCAGAGGAGGCUUCUCAACAACAAUAAACUUUGUCCUUCCUUUUCCUGGCCUCUAAAUGGAUAGGGUUGUUAAUGGUGAGUGUAUUGGGGGGGGGGCGGGGGACUGAAGAAUUGGAAGGUU